GAGCUCUAGUUGUACCAAAAUAUAUAAAUAAAAUAGCGGCACGCCUCUACCUCUAUAUUUCUGCGGAGCUGCAACCCAUCCAAUCCAAUGACAAGGGAAGGGCGAACAAAUCGAUAUCUCCACACAGCUUAGCCAGAGAAGAGAAGGCUUUCAUUUGCUCACCCUUAAUCAAUCUGCAGAGAUUGGUAAUAUUGAAGAGGGGACUGCAUGAAUAAUAAGCAAUUGCAGAGGCGGGAGUGGGCAUCUUAUUUGAAGCAUCCAUGGGGUUGGAUAUACACAUUCACACCAAUACACCAUCGUUGCGCUUCCCCAUCCCCACCCCAUUUCUACGCAACAAGACUUUUCAUUUCCGUCCACCAUGCUUCACGGGGCCUACCCCUCUGCUCACCUCACCAUUAUGCUUCUCUAUUGCUAUGACCAGAAUUUCAAAUGGUGCUUCUAGAUGCUUUGUAAAAGACAUCGAUGUUAAGUUCAACCAUGUGGUUGUGGAGGACGACCUAUGCAAAGAUGGGUGUUCAAUUACUUCUAGUUGCUCAUUUCCAGUCUUAUCAUCAGCCUCACAAUUAGCUGAUAUUCAGGAGACCAGAGAAAUGCAGGGAGAAGAGCAUGAAUUUCUGGAUUCCCUUCUAACAGAAUUGCCUGUGCAAUCGAAAGAAGAACAAGAUGCAAUUUCAGCAACUCCUGUACACCCUGCUGGUCUCUAUGCUCUGUAUGCUAGUUUUUUGGCUGGCAAUCUGGUGGAACAAAUUUGGAAUUUUGCAUGUCCAGCAGCCAUUGCGCUUCUAUAUCCAAGUCUUCUGCCAGUUGCUGUUGUGGGUUUUAUUGCAAAGCUUGGAAUAUUUGCUGGAGGUCCCUUGGUUGGUUCACUUAUGGAUUCUUAUCCAAGAGUGCUUGCAUUUAAUUGUUUAAGCAUUGUACAGACUGCUGCUCAAUUAAUAUCAGCAGGAAUGAUUAUUUAUGCCCUUGAUAGGGCAACUCCUGCUGCUGCUUCUGCAACUUCAUUACUUUUGCAACCAUGGUUUGUUGUCUUAGUACUAGCAGGUGCUAUUGAGAGGCUGACUGGUUUAGCAUCUGGGGUGGCAUUUGAACGUGAUUGGGUAGUCCUGUUAGCUGGCACAAAUCGACCAAUUGCUCUUGCCCGUGCCAAUGCCAUGCUCAGCAGGGUUGAUCUUUUGUGUGAGGUUGUAGGAGCAUCAAUUUUUGGCAUUUUACUGUCCAUAUUAGAUCCUGUUAAAUGUUUAAAACUAGCAGCUGCCUUGAUGAUAUGCACACUUCCUGUUCAGAUUCUUUUGGUUUGUCUCACUGACAAGGUUUCAAAAGGUGUUUUAGAGCGAUCCAGGAACCAUACCUCUUCAGAGUUGUGUCAGCCUGGGCGAUUAACUGAAAGGGUCCUGGGUGUAAUCAGCCAUGGAUGGGUGCAAUAUAAGACACAGCCUGUCCUUCCUGUCAGCCUUGCCUAUGUAUUACUUUGCUUCAAUGCUGUCCUUGGUCCCGGGGGUCUUAUGACAUCUUUCUUAACAAAUCGUGGUCUAAAUCCCUCCAUUAUUGGGGCAUUUAGUGGCAUGUGUGCAUUUAUGGGCAUUGCAGCAACAUUUAUUUCAGCCAGCCUGGUUAAGAAGCUGGGCCUUCUAAAGGCAGGUGCAGCAGGAUUAGUUUUUCAGGCUCUGCUCCUUGGAAUUGCAGUUACUGUGUAUUGGAGUGGUUUUAUAGCACAACAGAAAUCACUCAUCUUCUUCCUCUUUCUAAUAGUUUUAUCGAGAUUGGGUCAGAUGUCUUAUGAUAUAGUUGGCGGACAGAUACUUCAAUCUGCAAUCCCAGCUUCACAAGCAAACCUUAUUGGGGCAACGGAGGUUUCUAUGACAAGCUUAGCAGAACUAGUGAUGCUAGGGUUUGCAAUUAUUGGAAAUGACGUUUCACAUUUUGGUUUUCUCGCAUUGCUAUCUAUGGCUGCUGUAGCAGGGGCAGCUUGGAUUUAUUGCCAAUGGUUGUCAAAUCCAACUAAAGAACAGAGACAGUUAUUUUCAUUUGAUCCACAUUUCAGUUCUUUAUCUAGCAAUCAGCAAUUAGGGACGAUUGAUAUCAUUUCCAAACCAUCUUCUGCUAUGCAAUAGAACUUCAUGAGAUCCUUACCACUUACAAUCAAGAGAAUGUAGCCAAAUUAUUGUUCAGUUACAUUUGAUUCUUUACCAUGAUUCAAAUAUUGCCCACGGUUUUCUCCAAUCUUAGAUAUAAUCAUGGUGUUGACAAUUAGGUCUAGACGACCCCUUUCAAUCAAAUUACAAUGUAGGACCUUUGAAAUGCAUCAUUCAAUUAAUUGUAGAGUAGCCUUAUUUUGACUUUGCUA